GCGGCGGCAAAGCACGACAGUCUUCAGUCACCCCAUCCACCCACCAGAACAAGCGCCUAGGAACAUUUUGGGGGCGAACAAGGAGCGACUACGGAGAGCAUGCAUGUCCGUAGACCACACGGCAGCCCUUGUGGCCGCCUCGCGAGGCUGAGGCGGCGGCUGACAGGCGUGGGAGCAGCGCGUGCCGUGCGAGAGAGCGGCGCUGGCCCUGCACGGACGUGCCCAUCUUCCAGCCGCUCCUCGGUCCGCUCCACAUCCACCUGAUCCUCUUCAACCAUGCCGAUCACCAAGCUGCGCGUCGGCUACGUGCCUGAGCACUUCUCCUCGCCGCUGCUGAUUCUCGGUCGCUCGGCAUGGGGCGCCGAGCACCUCGAGCUCGUCUCGCAGCCGUCGGGCACCGGACAGAUGCUCUCGUCGCUCGAGGCCGCGGGCGCCGGCGGACAGGUCAUCGAUGUUGCCGUGGCGCUCACGGAGAGCUUGAUCGCGCCGCUGGCCAAGGGGCGCGAUGACUAUCGCCUUGUGGGCAGCUAUGUACGCAGCCCGCUCAACUGGGCCGUCAUCACCGGCACGUCGCCGCACGCGGCGCGCUACAACAGCAUCAGCGACCUGCGCGGCGAGGCCAUCGGCAUCAGCCGGAUAGGCAGCGGCAGCAUGGUCAUGGCCAGCGUCACGGCGCUGCAGCAGCGCUGGCUCGACGCACAGGGCGCCGUCGAGGCCAUUCCGUUCAAGGUGCAGGACACGUUCGUGCGCCUGCGCAACGCCGUCAACUUCCCGGCCAGUGCGCCAAAGGAGACGUCGGGCGAGGCGGCACAAACGGCGGCGUUCAUGUGGGAGUGGUUCACGACGAAGCCGUUUGUCGACUCGGGCGAGGUGCGCUUCAUCGGCAACGUGCCGACGCCGUGGCCGAGCUGGACGAUUGCAGCGUCGCGCAACACGGUGCUCGAGUCCGGCGAGCAGCGCGCCUUGCUCGACGACUUCCUCGCGCGUCUCGCCUCCGGCAUCACCGAGUUCAGCCGCGACAGCGACGCAGCGCAGGCCUUUGUGCGCGCCGAGUUGGGCUACGAGGCCGCCGACGUAGCGUCCUGGUUCGCCGGCGUGCGCUGGGCGGGCGAUGCGCGUCCCAACGAUGCAGAGAUGGAGAAGACUGGCACGACGGGCCAGCGCACACACACGGCGAGCGUGUCGCAGGCGACACUGCAGACGACGCUCGACACGCUCGAACAGGCGGGCGUCGUGAAGCGCCCAGAGGCAGGCUGGGAGUGGGGGCGCUUCGUGCACGGCGCCACGAGCGAGGGUGCGGCCCGCCUUGUCGAAUGA